AUGGGCUACACAACGCUUUGGAAGCGCUUGACCCCUGGAAAUUUGAAUAUAUCCAUCCAGAUAUUCUCUCUGAUUAGCAUGUUCUUCGAGGGAUAUGAUCAGGGCGUUAUGGGAGGUGUCAACGCCUCGCCCAGAUAUGUACAAGAAGUGGACAUUGGUCGGCCGAAUGGCGUCAUAACAGACAGGGUUCAUCAAGGAGGCAUUGUUUCGGUGCUCUUCGUUGGAUCCAUCUUUGCUCUCAUUGGAGGCGCCUUGCAGGCUGCCACGCAAUCGAGCGAUUUCAUCCUCGUGGCCCGCGUCGUUACAGGCCUUGGGACCGGGGCCUUGACUGGAAUUACGCCAGUCCUUGUUUCCGAAACGUCUACAGCUUCGCAUCGUGGAAGCUUUCUUGGAUACGUUUUCAUUGCCAAUUAUCUUGGUAUCUCGGUCGCGUAUUGGCUUAAUUUCGGCCUUUCAUUCAUCGACAAUGGAUAUUCGGAUAUCCGGUGGCGCCUUCUGCUCGCCUUUCAAUGCCUCCCGGCACUUCUUUUGCUUGCUGGCGUCAAGAUGCUACCAGAUAGUCCUCGCUACCUCGCAAUUGCCGGAAGGCACGACGAAGCCAGAGAAGUUCUAGAGCAUCUCCGCGGCAGCUACGAUGCAGAAGUGGAAAUGGAAUAUGUCGAGAUUGUUGUUGUUGCGAAGAAAAGCAAGAAGAGCUCGCCACUCCAGUUUGCCAAGAUCCUGGUCGGGAAGGGUGGAAAAACAGGUCAUCAUCUGGGUCGGCGUGCUUGGCUGUGCAUGUUGCUUCAGAUCAUGGCAUCGUGGACUGGAAUAACGGUUGUGACUGCAUACGCACCAGUGCUCCUAUCGCAAGCGGGCUACUCGACACUCAUGCAGAGCGGACUGGCAGGAGGUGUAAACACGGUUGGCAUAGCAGGCACCAUCAUCAGUGCGCAGAUAGUCGAUCGUCUUGGGCGUCGCAUGUGCUUAAUGGGCGGAGCAGCAGGGCUGUUCGCUGUGAAUGUCAUCGCUGGGAGCCUGUACGAGGCAGUGCGGUGGCGGCCGGAGCUGGCGACGCAGCUCGCACCAGCAGCCGUGACAAUGCUGUUCCUCUUUAACAUUUGCUAUGCGGCAACUUGGGGGACAGUGGCAUUCCUGGUUCCCACAGAGAUUUGGUCUUCUGACAUGCGUGCGCAGGGCAAUGGGUUCGGCAUCACCGGGUGGGCAGUCGGGGUUGGGUGGACGGUGCUUGUCAACCCGCUGGUGCUCGCGGCUCUCAAGAACCGAACGUACUUCCUGCUUGCUGGGCUCAACUUGAUAUGGAUCCCAGUCAUAUACCUCUUCUACCCUGAAACAGCCGACAGGUCGCUCGAGUCGAUCGAUGCGCUGUUCUCGAGCUCAAGUCCAUUCAGCUGGAAGAUGGAGCAGGCGUACAGGGAGCACGGCGGCAUUCUUGUGGAAACCGAGACGUCAGUGAGUCUUGACAGGAUCCAAACGGAAGCCGCAACGUCUAAAGCACAGAAGCAUGGUGUCGUUGGAUCGACGGUCAGAGAGUGA